AUGGCGGACAAUGCCGAGUAUGACCCUGAAAAGGGCAUUGAACCCGUCAAGAGCCGAAGUGUCGUGGACGAGAAAGGACGCAAAGUCUCCAUCAGUGGGCGGAAGUCGUCGGUGGUCGAGUCAAUCAUUGCCGCAGACCUGCUUGAUGAACGAUAUGCCACCACUCACCGUGGCCUGAAGAGCAGACAUGCUCAAAUGAUCGCUCUGGGUGGAACUAUUGGUACAGGUCUCUUCGUCGGUUCUGGUCAAACGCUUGCCCUGGGUGGUCCGGCCUUCAUCCUGGCAGCCUAUGUGAUCAUGACCUUCUUGGUAUAUUGUGUCGUGACGGCCAUCACCGAGGUCGCCGCCUACCUGCCCGUCCACGGCGGGACCAUGUCUUACUAUGGAUACCGAUACGUUUCUCGCUCUAUGGGCUUUGCUUUGGGUUACCUUUACUGGUACGCCCUAGGUAUUCUUGUCCCGUACGAAAUCACGGCCGCCGGUCUCGUCAUCAACUACUGGCCCAAUAACGUCAACAUUGCCGUCUGGAUGACCAUUAUGCUUGUUGUCAUCAUCGGGCUGAACUUCCUCCCGGUCAGAUUUUACGGCGAGACGGAAUUCUGGUUCGCCGGAACAAAGGUCAUUUUAAUGACUGGUCUUCUCAUCCUGAGCUUCAUCCUCUUUUGGGGUGGUGGACCUAGUCACGAUCGUCUGGGGUUCAGGUACUGGAACGAUCCGGGCGCCGCACAUCCUUAUAUCGUUGGAGGCAAUACGGGUCGUUUUGUCUCCUUCUGGGAAACUGUCGUUCUGUCCGUUUUCCCCUUUACCUUUGCUCCGGAACUCCUGGUCGUGACCGGCGGAGAAAUGGAAUCACCACGACGGAACCUACCCCUCGCCUCCAAGCGCUACUUCUACCGUCUGGUUAUCUUCUACGUCCUCAGCGUUUUGGCCAUCGGCGUGACCUGCCCCAGCAACGAUCCGCGCUUGACCAACGGCGGAGCCGGUGCCAAAUCCUCGCCCUUUGUCGUCGCCGUCGCCAAUGCUGGAAUUCACACCCUCCCGUCCAUUGUCAACGCCGUGAUUCUGAUCUCGGCCUGGUCGUCCGGCAACUCUUUCCUCUAUAUCUCUUCGCGCGCGCUCUACUCCCUUGCAGUCCAAGGUUCUGCUCCACGCAUCUUCAAAACCUGCAACCGUUGGGGCGUGCCAUAUAUGGCCGUGGGCUGUUCAUCCCUGUUUUGUGGUCUUGCCUACCUCAACGUCGCUUCGUCCGGCUCUACUGUGUUCAACUGGUUUGUUAACCUAACAAACACAUGGGGCAUGACGAGCUGGGUCUGCUGUAUGAUUAUCUACCUGCGCUUCCGCAAGGCCUGCAAGGCUCAAGGGAUCGAGCCUAUCUACCGCAACUGGCUUCAACCUUACGGCGCCUGGAUCGCGAUGGUCGCAUUCACUAUCCUCUGCCUGAUCAACGGCUUUACCGUUUUCUUCCCCAGCAAAUGGUCGGCCUCGUCUUUCUUGACGGCUUACAUCGGAAUCCCCAUUUUCCUCGUCAUGUACGUUGGGCAUCGGAUUGUGUUCUGGCGGGACAAGUGGGCGUGGGACCCGAUCGAGGUGGACAUGAAGACGGGCUUGCAGGAGGUCAUCGACGCCGAGAGACCGCUGAAGAAGAGAAAAGGGUUCGCGAGAAUUUGCAUGAUUAUCGAAUAG